AGAAUGUGACGUGUAGCUUGCCAAAAAAAUUGAGGGUUACUAUGGAAACGAAUCCCAGGCAAUACAAUCCCCAAAAAAAUCGACCAAUCCCAUUUCGGGAUGAAACUAAGAUUCUUUCUCUCUCUCUAAGUCUUAACACUCUCUCUCUCUCUCUCCCAUCACCCCUGUUUGGGGAGGGAGGGCGAGAGUCUCGGCGAGUUGAGCCUUUUUUGGCAGAAAAAGAAAGUUAAAUCAAGCGUGAAGUGGAACAGUUGGUACUUUAGAAAGAAGGGGAGAAGGAGAAGGGCUGUGAGAAACCCUUUGCAUCUCAUAAAAACCGCGGCAAAUCUCUGUUCCCAGCUGUAUGUUGGGAUUCGGAGCCUUCAGAACAAAGGGAAGAUAUUGACUUCAACUGGAAGACUCGUAUGCAGGAUCCACCUAGUGCACAAUUUGGAGGAAACUUUAAAUGCGGCGUCUUUUCGCCCCCCUCUUCUCGCUUCAUCACUAACACCGCCGGGAAUUGAAGAGGGGAGCGAGAGAGAGGGGGGGGGGAGAUAUUUUUUAACCCGUGCACCAACCUCGCUGUUAUGCAACUGCGAGGGGUCUUUGCAAAGCCAGAGAACCGGCCGAUUGGGAGCCCCUUUGCAGGAUGCGUUCAAUCCGGUCGCUUUAAACGAGGGUGCGGAUGGUCUCUUCCCUGAAGAAUGCACCGGACAGUCAGACUAAGUUGGUACUCGUUGGCGAUACUGGCUUGCUUUAGGUCGGUGGCCGGGGCCCAGCCUGUGUGCUGGGAAGCUCUGCUCCGUUGUCAACAGGAGAAGGACUGCAAAUGGGCUUACAGCCAGUACAGCGCGGCCUGCGAACCCUUCCUGAAGGGCUUCAGGAGGCAUUGCCCCAGUCACUGCAUCGGCGCCCUGGUCAAACUCAACCAGACCCAGAACGGGCCGGACCUGGAGAACUGUGAUUGCGACCAGGACCUGCAGUGCAGGCGGGCCAAGCGGGCGAUCGAGCCUUGCAUGCCGAGAAGGUACAGGGGCGAGUCGGAUCUGGGCUGCACCAAAGCCAGGCAGCGUUGCGAAGAGGAGUCGGUGUGUCACGGCGCCAUGAAGGACUACCUGUCCAACUGCGGGCAGCUGUUCAACGGGAGGAGGUGCACGCCGGUGUGCAGGAAUACCAUAGAGUACCUCCUCUCCAUCCCCAACGGAAUUCUACUCAACACCUGCGUCUGCGACGGGGUGGAGAGACCUUUCUGUGAGGUGGUUAAGGAGAACAUCCAGAAGUUCUGUUCCAUCAACGGCCACUCGCUUUUGACGGCCACGCCGGACUCCGAUGAGAAUUAUGAAUAUGACGAUUAUGAAAUAAACAGAACGGACCUGAAGCCUCAACAAACUGACCCGGCGUCCAACCUCUCCGCGGCGCACACGUGCUGCUCUCUGCUCCUCGUCGUGCUCCCGGGCUUGUGGUUUCUAUAAUACUUUGUGCAAACAAUUAUUUGCAGAUGUUGCCUGGCCUGCUGAAUUUCCAGCAAUACCAAUGGCCUUCGACUUCCUCAAAUUCUUUCAAGACUGUCCCGUCUCUAUCUCCUCUUGAUGCUAUUGGACAGGCCCAGGCUCCGCACCACCACUUCCUUCUUCUGUUGCUUCGUGGAUAGACUCAGCUCUCUCAAAGAUUAAAGUCAAAGUCGAGCUUACUAUCUCAUGUUUGCACAGGGGCAAUGGAAACUGGAACAAAAUACACAAGAUGUUGGAGGAAAUCAGCUGGUCAGGCAACAUAUACGAAGGGUGAAAAAAAACAUUCGCCGUUUCGGACCCAGACCCUUCAUCAUGACUGGACAGGAAAGAGAAAGAAGCCGGAGUAAGAAGGUGGGGCGAAGGGGUGGAAUACAAGCUAGCAGAUGAUAGGUGAGGGGGAAGGUGAGAUGUGAAAGGUGUUAGCGGUAUAGGCCAGAAAAGAAGAAGCAAUCCGAUAAGAGAAGAGAGUGGACCAU